UCUUGUUGAUUAUAAAGCGAAAUGUAAUUGAUGAAAGAUAUCCAGAUGAUAUGAUGACCUGAUGUGCUUGACAGUUCGUUUAUUUAUUAAUGGAAUAAAUCAGAACACCAUUAAGAUAAAAUACAUUAGUUUAUUUGCAAGAGAAAUUUUCAGGAGUGAAAGACAGGAAUCGUUAACAUGAUUGAAACAGACAUGUCUGUCGGAAGAUCAAUUGUUUUUCUGUGCCUCCUGGUAGUAUCAACGCCAACGUCGGCAAAAGAUCGGCACUAUUUUAUCUCCGCGGAAGAAGUUGAAUGGAAUUAUGCUCCAUCGGGUCAGAACAAAGUCACCGAUGACCAGAGCUACCCUGCUGAACUGAUUGAAAAUCGCCCCAACAGAAUUGGUAGCACCUACACCAAAAUUAUUUACCGUGAAUACACAGAUAUCACUUUCUCAAACCUGGUUGAUCGCCCUGAUUGGGUGGGGUUUGUUGGACCCUUGAUCAAAGGGGAAAUUGGUGACAAAUUAUUCAUUCACUUUCGAAAUAACGCAAACUUGAUUCAAAGAAAUUUCAGCGUGCAUCCUCAUGGUUACUUCUAUAACAAAGGAAAUGAAGGCGCAGUUUAUAUAGAUGGUACUUCUGGAGCACAAGCUCUGGAUGAUGGUAUUGCACCAGGUGAAACCUUCACAUACAUAUGGGAAGGCAAUAAGCUUCACAAGCCUGACAGCAAUGAUUUCCAUGACAAGUGCGCAGCUUUCACUUACCAUUCUCACGUACUUGCUUCCAGAGACGUAGACAGUGGACUUAUGGGAGUUGCUCUGAUCUGUAACAAAGGUACACUCGAUGCCAACAACAAACGCAAAGAUGUAGAUAAAGAACUCUUCGUCUAUGCAGAUAUCACUGAUGAAAAUAAAAGCUGGUAUACAGAGCACAACUUACAAAAAUGUGGCAACCCAGCUGAAUGCACUACACUUUAUAACGAUGGAGACGAUGACUUUGCCAAAAGCAACGAAAUGGCCCAUAUCAACGGUUAUGUUUAUGGUAAUUUGCCAGAUUUCAACGUUUGUGAAGGGACAAGUGUAGUCUGGUAUUUCAUGUCAGUUCAACGUGGGGUACAUACAAUACAUAUAAACGGACAGACAAUGAUUAUAGAAAGGAAACGAACUGAUACAGCUGUGCUUCAUCCAGCAAGCGUUUAUUCUGGUUUUAUGAAACCAGUGAACUCUGGCAGAUGGCUACUUUAUUCCAGAAACCAGGAUUAUUAUGUCGAUGGAAUGCAAGCAUUUUUGACAGUAGAACAAUGUCAAACUGACACUGGAGUUGUAUCUCGAAAUUAUUAUAUUGCCAUAGAAGAAAUCAUUUGGAAUUAUGCUCCAGGGAAUGUUACUUACCCAGCUGCAGAUGUUUUCUUGGGAAGUGACACUGAGCGCAUUGGUUCUACGUAUAAGAAGGCGAUGUUCAUAGAAUACACAGACGGAACGUUUACUACACCUAAACCACGUGAGCUGCACUGGGGUUUAGCCGGACCUCCAAUCAAAACCCAAGUUAAUGAACACGUGAUCGUUAAGGUUUUUAAUAGACUUAACAGACCGUUUUCAUUUCUUGUAAAUGGUGUGGCGAUAACAAAAUUAAAAGAAGGGGCUUUGUACAAAAAUGACCCACAAGCUGCAGGAUCAAGCGGCUCUUUGGUCCAACCGAAUCAACAAAGAACAUACGAAUUCGAUGUAACCGAAGAUGUAGGACCUGAAGCAAACAACGAGGAUUGCAUCACAUAUAUUUAUCAUUCUGCGGUCGACCUUAACAGAGACAUUCACACAGGACUAUUUGGUCCCUUUCUCGUUUGUAAACCAAGAACACUAGCAACUGAUGGAAGCACGAUUGGAGUGGAUAAAGAGUUUUUCUUGAACUGGAUGAUUAUUGAUGAGAACUUGUCUUGGUUUAUAGACGAAAAUAUAGCAACAUAUACAUCAGCACCAGUUGAUAAGAACGACGGAGACUUUCAGCUGUCAAAUCAAAUGAGAGCUAUAAACGGGUAUACAUACGGAACACUUCCUGGAUUGGACAUGUCUCUUCAUGAACGGAUCGUAUGGUAUAUGUAUGGUCUAGGAGGACAGGCAGAUCAUCAUCACUUCAGCUUUGAGGGAAACAAUUUCGAUUUCGACAGCCGACAGUUUGACACAACUUCGAUAUUUCCUGGCAUUGGACUGUCGGUUAAUAUGAUCCCUGAUCAAGUUGGGCGGUUGUUGUUACGUGAUGCUCAACUUGAGCUUGAGCACGAAGGGAUGUUUGCCUGGUAUAAUGUUGCUGGUCAGACUGUGAGUCUAAAGGCUGGUAUUUCACAGGGACAACUUGGUAUUACACGUCGAUAUUAUAUCGGUAUUGUCAUAGAAGACUGGGAUUAUUGUCCGACCAAGAUUGAUCCAGUUGAUGGAGAAAGCCUCCUGGAUCCGGACCAUCCAGGAUACAUUUUCAUUCGAAAUGAUGAUCCGUUCCUCGGUACCAUAUAUAAGAAAGUGCUUUACAAAGAAUUUACAGAUGACACAUUCAGUAUUGAAAAAGCUCGUACAACCGACGAAGAACACCUGGGAUGUUUAGGGCCGUUCAUCCGUGGCUGUGUUGGCGACACAAUUGAAAUAGUAUUGAAAAAUUUCGAUACCACUCAUUCCUACAAUAUUGUUCCAAGAAACCUAGUAUUUUCAGACGGUUCUUCAAUUACAGAAGCCCCAUCAACGGGUCCAGGAAACACGAAAACAUACAGUUAUUUCAUCCCGGAGAGGUCCGGACCGACGCCGGACCAGCCAAACUGUGUUGGUACUAUCUAUACAUCAAGGACAAAUGCUCUGAAUGAUCCUUACAGUGGUCUUAUCGGACCCCUAGUUAUCUGUAAGCGUGACAAGUUAGACUCUUCAGGACAAAGAACGGACAAGGUCGACAAAGAAUUUGCGGCUGGUUUUAUUAUAUAUAAUGAAAACCUUAGUACUCUGAAAGAACUUAAUUUCGAAAACGUCUCAGCUACAGACCGAAACGAUGGAGAUUUUAUUGAGAGCAACUUGUACCAUUCAGUUAACGGAUAUCUCUAUGGAAACCAACCACAGAUUGUGUUUAAUGAGGGUGACCACGUGGUUUGGUAUAUCUUUGGGUUCGGUGCAGUGGAAGACAUUCAUACGGUACAUUUCCAUGGUCAACUGUAUUUAAGAAAAACAGCAGUAACCACAAGGAGAGAUGUAACUGAACUUUUUGCAGGAACUUACGAGACCGUUGAGAUGCUGGGGUACAAUCCGGGCACCUGGCUGUAUCAUUGUCACUUAGCAGAGCAUCCAGUCGAGGGUAUGGAAUCGGCAUAUACCGUCCUUCCAAGUACAAGAAGACGACGAAGGUCUUCUGUCACCUCUAUGCGUCGCCAGAAGCGAGAGAAAAAUCUGCACAACCGACAACUAGGAAAACUUGCACUUCAGUAGAAACUUGAACGUUCCCUGUCUCAGUUAGAACAUUUUGAUAGUUUAUAUCAGUAUCCAUAUCUUUUACUGUUUCCAAAUAAUGUUGUAUUCGCGCAAAAGAAAACAAACUUGUGAUCUAUCAUAUAUUCUUUUCAUAAAGAUGAACGGAAAAUUUUCAUUCACGGUUUUACAGAUCUUUAUUUUAGCGGUACCACUCUAACUCUAAAUAGAUAUGUAAAAGGAAUCAUUUGAACGAUUUAUUAUAAUGAUGUCAAUUUCUGUAUUUUUAUUAUUCGGACAAUAUCAGUUGAAUGCUAUAUAAAUGUUUGCUUCUGAAUAUAUAUCUAAGUACAAAAGAAAAUUAAUAGGAAAGCAAAAAACUAAAUAAAUAUUAUUCAAGUUGUUGUUUUUUUCUCGUUUUUGUCCUCAUUAAAAAAAAGUUUAUUAGCAAAAGUGAUUUAGCAACAUCAUUGUACACCAUUGUUUAUUUGUAAACAUCGAUUAGUUAAAAUAUUCAACUGAUAAUAUUUUUGUAAGAACCAAAAUCUGUACACGUUAUGUAAAAACGUAUGGUCU